UAUUAUCAUUUCGAAAAUUCCGAAAAAAAUAAUUCUAUCAUCAUGCAAAUCAAGCUUAACGUAAAAAUUGUAUUCAUAUUAGCCACAUUUAUUACGGCUUGUUUGGCUCAAAAAGGUGGUUCAUAUGGUAAAACUUUGUUGAAUGAAAAUCGUAGUCCAGCCAGACAAAUUCAACAACAACAAGUUUUUCAACAAGCCGCUGUUGCACCAAUUGUACAACAAACUUUUCAACAAGCUCCAGUUCAACAGUACGAAGAUGAUCAAGCAGCCGUUGCUGGUCCAGUCCGUCAACGACCAGGAGAAGCAGCAUUAUCUGCACCAAUACCCGAUAGUGAUGACGGUAGUGGCGAACAACAUCCAGCACCUGAACCAUAUUCAUUCUCUUAUUCGGUGAAUGAUGAACAAAGUGGUUCGGAAAUAUCUCGUGAAGAAUCACAGGAUGCUAGUGGAAAUGUUAUUGGAUUCUAUCAUAUUCGUGAUGCUGAAGGUCGUAUGCGUCGUGUUGAUUAUACAGCUGGUCCUGAAGGCUUUCGUGCCGUAAUCCGUUCAAAUGAAGAAGGUCUUGCCAACAAAGAUUCAGCUGAUGCUAAAUAUGAAGUAGAUGAAGUUCCAGCCGAUCGACAAAAUGCAGCAGCACUCGCAGCACAAUCACGCGCACAAGCUGCAGGUUAUGGACAACAACAGGCAGGACCAUCCGGUUACGGACAACAACAACAACAACAACAAGCAGGACUAUCCGGUUCAUUAAGUGGUUCAUCUUAUGCAGAUGAAGCUGCUGCUGCACCACAACCACAAUCAAGCUAUGCAUUAGCUGGCAAUGAACGUCAACGUUUACAACCACAAACGAAAGGAUUACCGAAAGCACCAAGUUCAUUUGUUUCACCUGUGCAACAACAACGACCUGUAGCACCAUUGAUUCAGCAAACAUUUCAACCGGCUCCAAUUGUUCAACAACAACAACAGCCGGUACAACCAACUCAAUCCACAUCCUAUUUUCCAUCAAGACCAGCUGCUGCUGUAGCUUCCACAUCCACACAAGAACCACAAGUUUUUGAACAACAACAUCAACAGCAACAACAACAAAGUGAAGAGGAUACAGCUGCAAUUCAACCAAUCAUAAAUCAUCGCCAUUCAUCAUCACAUUCGUCAUCAUUUCCAUCACGUAUAACACCAAUUUUACGGCCAGUAAGCCGAGUACAGCCACAACAAUUCAAAUUACCACCAUUUUUUCAACGAGAAGAAUAUGAAGAUCAACAAAGAUUACAAUCGGUCAAAUCAAAACGAUGGGCAUUACCAUUAAAUAUUUUUCUUCCCAAAGAAUAUCGUUCAUGAUCAAAACGAUAUUGAUAACAUAGUCAGCGAAUAUAAAAUAACCAAAGGAAAAAUCUAAUUCACUCAACGUUUAAGCAAAUCCAAAAAAAAUGGGGCAGUACUUUCGGGAAACAGGAUUCAUUUGUACCUUUAAUAAAAAAACAUACAUACAAACAAAUGUCUUUAUGGAAUCAAUUCA